AUGAUGUUCGCGAAAGAGCAAUCAGCAGGAGGAGAUCCACAAGGCGACACGAGGCCGCACGAUGUCCAAAUUCCGGUACGACGACCCAUCAGCACCACCCCUACCUUGGACACCGCAGGCCACUCUCUCUUCGCGCCUCAUCCGGAACCGUGCGAUCCAAAUCCAACCCCGACGGAGCGGCAGAGCAGCAAAAUCCACACCACUACUCCUGAAAAGAAGCUAACCCUCUUCGCCUUCCAUCUCGCGAUACUAGAGAAGUCCGCCACCGGACUCGGGGCGCUGGCCUUCAUCUGGGCUACAACUGUUGUUCUUGGUGGUUUCUCGAACAAUCUCCGGGGAACGGACUUCGCUUUUUUGACGAUAAUUCUCGUCAUCGAAGGCAUCCGAAUUUUCAGCCGCAGUCAUGAGCUACAGUGGCAGCAGCUCCCCGCACACCCUCUCAGUAACAGUUUCCGACCGUUUCAGUACUUUAGACCAGAUGCUGGUUGGAUCGUCGCAUCGAAAUUCAUAAGCAGAGCACUCUCUUUCCUUCAGCUCCUGUCUGCCGUUACCUGCGUGACGCUCUCCUUGAUGCGCCUGAUUGAUCAGGAUUAUGGCAAGCAAGACAGGCAUGGGAAGAUCUCGUUAAAUCUAUUCUACGGACUAGCACUCGGUGAAGCUCUCAUUUUUUUGGUGGAAAGAAGCUACUGGGCGUGGAGGAUCUACUGGUGUCGUCUUCUGGAGAAUGUUAGUCGGGAGUAUAAGCUCGGCCCGACGGGAAUCCUCCCGAUUAGGCGAUUCUUUUACGAGGUUUACACCAAAUGCAUUAACGACAGCGCCUUAGACGGCUUCAAGAUGAACUUGGUGAGCUUCGCUAAGGACUUGCUGGACUCCGAAUUCAACGAUGAACAGCUCAUGGGGCUCCGAGUCCUGCGGAAGUUGGUGCACAAUGACCGUUUUGCCUUCGGCACGCUGAGAAAAAUUGGGUCUUCGACGUCGACGAUGGAGAGGCUGAUCGAGAUGCUGAAUUGGAAGAACCCUCGAGAAGAAGAGAUCAGGCUGUGCGCGGCAGAGAUUUUGUCAGAGCUCGCAGGGAGGAGGAGAAACGUGCUUCGAGUCGCCGCGAUUCCUGGAGCAAUGGAGUCGUUGUCAUCGUUGCUUCACAGUGGCAGGACCUCUGAUCGGACUAAUCCUGAUAUGGAGUACGUCUUCUCUGAGCUCAACCUGUUGGGCCUGCUCAUCUUCAAGAAGCUCUCCGCUGACCAUGACAACUGUUGGAAGAUCGGAACCACCAGAGGCCUCCUCUCCAAGAUCAUAGACCUGACUGGUUCAAGCAGAGCACAAAGCAGAGUAGUCAAACGAUCAUUGCAAGUGGUGAAAAUGCUAGUCGAUGCUGAAGGAGAGGUCGGCAAAAUGCUCCGGCAGGAGAUAUCCAAAGUAGUAUUCACGGUGAGCAACAUAAGGGAGAUCGUGAAGAACGGAGAUAUCCGGAUGCAGAAGCUGGGAAUUGAGAUACUCAAAAGCUUGAGUAUGGAUGAGCACGCUAAGGAGGAGAUUGGUAACACAGGGGGUGUCAUCAAUCUGCUGCUGUCGACCUUUUUCAUGCCUGGAUUUAGUGAUGAGGAGAAUUACGUAUGCAAUCAAGCAGGAGAGACCCUGGCGUUGUUGGCAUUGGAAAGCGGCGACAAUUGUGAUCGUAUAUUGAAGAAACCAGAGGUAUUGAAGAAGCUCAUCGGCGUGCUAACAGAUCCUGUUCUUCGGAUCAACGCUUCGAGGAUUUUGCGCAAUUUGUGUGCUUAUACUAGAAUGGAAUGUUGUGAUAGUCUCAGCCAAGUUGCCGUCGCCAUGCCCACGGUACUGAAGGCCGUCUUGAAGGAAAAAGGGAAACUAUUGGAAGUAUCUGUUGGUCUAGCCACACAGCUCUGCAAGAUCACAAAUCAUGGUGAGUUUUCUCGAGCACUGGAGCAAGCUGGAAUUCAAGAGAUUGAGCUCGUCGAGAAGCUUGUAGACAUACUGAAGGAGUAUGACUAUCCAGAUAUCAGGGUCCCGAGAAUAAGGAGGUUUGUGAUUGAGCAAGCCAUUUGGAUGAUGAACUCCGACGGCAACAGUGUCGGAUUAUUCGAGAAAUUUGGAAUGGAGAGACUGCUGGAGUCUGUGGAAGAGACGACGUCGGAGCUGGAAUGCUUCCAUAUAUUUUCCGGCAGUGUCGGACUAAGCCGGCACAAAGAGACCAUGUCUUAUCUUGUAGAAACAGCCUCGAAUAUAAUGAGGGCUGGAAACUGA